UUCCACACAAGAUUCAGUGCCUGGACACCUUUUAGCAACAAGUCAUUAAAUCGACAGCUCUUUCAGGAAAGAGUUGCUCUUAUAAGUCACUGAUUUGACCUCUGGACUAACAAGGAAGCCCAAGAAUUCUUAUUCACGAUUUUUUUAUGAUGCACUAAAUCACAAUUAAGGGUUGUCCAAGACUGGUUUUCAGAAAGGAUGCAAGUGGCCAAAGUGGAUUUUCUACCACGCUUCAUUUCUCUAUAUAUCUUUUCCUUUCUGAAUCCAAAAGAUUUAUGUGCAGCUGCACAAGUCAGCUGGCCCUGGAAAUUUUUAACUGAACAGGAUUGCUUAUGGAUGCCCAAAUGCAUGAAGUUUGGAUGGUUUCUGCACUAUACGCCAACAGAUAAUGAGUAUGGUGCUUGGAAGUACCAUUACAUUGCUUGUGUGUCCAACUUAGAUUGGCUAACCCCUAGGGAAGCCGCAGCUCUUUAUGGGACCCUGAAUGAACCCAAAACAGAAGAUGAGCAACUACAGGAGAGGCAAAGAGAAAAGUGCCUAAGGAAAAUAAUUUGGGAGAAAAUUGCACUACGUAAGAAGGAUUUGUUCAAAGUUCGACCCCCUUGGGUGAAUGGAACAUGCUGCUCUAGAUUGUUCAAAUCCAAAUGCCAACCACGUCUCUCCCAAACUGUGAGGGAUCGAGUGGGAUUACAGGAAACUUUGGAGAAACAGCUUGUUUUGGCAUCUUUAGAAGCUUUGCCCAAGUGAAACAAUGUUUCUGGAUGCAAUUCCUACCCUUUAUUAUCAAAGAAAAAUUGGUAUGGAGUUUAUAAAAAUGACAGCAGCUCUUCACAUGUUCUCCAGCCACACUUCAUAUUAAUAUCAUCUCGGAUUCCUGCAUAUGAGGUACAGAGCUAUAAAAUUGGUAUUAAAAAUUUACUGACUGAAGUGAGAGACUUCUGGGAGAAAUUAGGAAGCUAUGUGGCCCCUGGAGAAGAAGGGGGCCACGUGGACCUCUUUGUACGACUCGGAGCAUCAGAGGCAGGAACAGAAGUUCUUUCUCAGCUGUCUCAACUGACUGGCACGUUAUUGACCCCCCCCCACCCCACUGGGAUUGCCACCGGCUCAUACCAACACAUUCUUAGUGACUGGCUGGGAUGACAGUGGGAAAGGGCGCCCCCUUCCACAUACUUCAGUGAAUCAAAGCUGCAGACAUGGUCCAGCCUCACCGACUUCCUGGAAGACACCUUGAAAUCAGUAAGGCAACGGAGUCCUCUCUUCAAGGAGUUGCAGAAGAACAUAAGUGGCAGGAUGACAGGAAACACUGAAAAUUGCAUCAUCAUUCAGAGAGCUGAUUUCUAUGAAAAUGUCAUUUCAUGCCCAUUGAAAAAGCACCUAUCUGUGAUGACUGAAGGCUUGGAUGCCACCCCCAACACAAAGUCACCACGGACAGUGUUAGGAGGAAUAGACUUAUUUAAGUAUAAAUACAUGCCAGGCCGCUAUGGGUCAGCCCCAAAUGAGGAAGACAAAGGACAUGGCAGAAAGGCUCUGUGGGGCAGCUGUGCAAGCGCUCAGGCUCAGGCGCUGGCUGGCUGCGUGCAGUUCCAGGACCAGGGCUCUUAUACAAAGGCUUCAGGCAGCCAUAAGGGAUGGCUGCAGGGCAGAGCUUCUGAAGCCUCAGGGGGCUUGGCGCUGACUGGGCAGUUAGACACCCAGGGCCCGCCCCAGAUAACCAAGUCUGCAUUUAAUCCUCAGGAAAGAAAUGUUAUAGAAGAUAAUCCUCAGGACACAAAAUCAAGCCUCAGCAAAAACGGUCCAAAGUUUGAGUUGCUGGUUGAGUUGGUUGUCACUGGCCAAUAUUUCAUGGCCAGGCUUUCCUCAUAUUGCAGGUGGUUUCUAGAUGACUUGAGAGACAGACUACAGGAAUGGGGCCCAGCUCACUGCGUGGGUGAAAUAUUCAUAAAGUUUGGAAGCCAGUUGAACAUAUACACCAAUUUCUUCAACAAUUACCCUGUUAUUCUGAAAACUAUGGAGAAGUGCAGAGAAAUGAUACCAGCAAUCCGAGCUUUCCUGAAGAGGCCUGAUAAGACCAUUGUUACAAAGAUGCUGAGCCUUCCGGAGCUGCUUUUGUACCCAUCCCGAAGGUCUGGAGAAUAUAUUCAUCUUCUCUAUGCUCUGAGGCUUCACACUCCUGCAGAACAUGUUGACCAUGACUUGACCACUGCAAUUGAAGUAAUCAAAAAAUACAAAGGUUACAUAGAUCAGAUGAAGCAGAACAUCACUAUGAAAGAUCAGCUGUCAGACAUAGAGAGAAUCAUCUGUGGGUGCCCGACUCUAUCAGAACUAAACAGAUAUCUGAUUAGGGUCCAAGAUGUAGCCCAACUUCACUGCUGUGAUGAGAAACUAAGUUUCCCUUUAAGGCUCUAUGAACAUACCUGUGAUCUCAGUCUUUUCCUCUUCAACGAUGCACUGCUUGUUUCUAGUGGGGGCACAUCUCAUACUCCGUUUGAAAGGACUUCAAAAUCAACCUACCAGUUCAUUGCAUCAGUGGCCCUUCAUAGACUACUCAUAGAAGCUAUUCCAGAUUCCAAAUAUAUCAAGAAUGCAUUUAUUCUUCAAGGUCCAAAACGUGAAUGGAUUUGUGCUACAGAAGUUGAGGAUGAUAAAUUCCUGUGGUUGUCAGUACUCCAAAACACCAUCAAUAGUAGUAUGGAAAAGUGA